UCAGCCUGCGAUUAAAAAUAAUCUUCGAUUUUAGGGAGAAACGAACUGUAUUUGUAAUUGAUGAUGAUUACAGGGGGAUCUCUUCUGUAUUACAUUGUUGUUUUAUGAAAGUUCCUUUGUGUUUACAAAUUUUCCACGUUGAUAAAAUGUAUUACAAUUUCAAAUUACUUAGUAAAGCACGUUUCAAACGUUUUCAUUUCAUUUAGUCUAGUUUCGAAAUUAAAGGUUCUACGUUUAAUUCUGCUUUCCGAAAUAUGUCAGUUGUUUACGAUGCACUUGAUUUGUUUCAUUCAUUAGUUACAGUUGAGCCGGUGUAUAUAUGUCCGGAAGUAUGGAUAAACCUGAGCGAUAUCGGGAUGACCCGGAGUGGGAUGAUGUUCACCCUCUACCACUCACGGAUGAUGAACAAGCAGCUGUUCGGAUUGAAACGAGUGAUGCUUUUAACGAUGCAUUCAUGUAUCUGCGAGCUGUUGUACUCAGCAAUGAGAUGUCAGAGCGCGCCUUUAGACUAACCGUGAAGUGUAUUGAUUUAAAUCCUGCUAACUAUACUCUUUGGCAGUAUCGCCGUUCUCUUCUUAGAGCACUGAAUAAAGAUCUCAAUGAGGAAUUCAGUUUCAUAGCUGAGGUGAUUGAAGAAAAUCCAAAAAAUUAUCAAGUUUGGCAUCAUCGUCGAACAUUGGUGGAAUGGACCAAUGAUGCCAGUCGAGAGCUUGAUUUCACGGCGAGAAUGAUUGAAGAUGAAGCCAAAAACUAUCACUCUUGGCAGCAUCGUCAGUGGGUCGUUGAAAAAUUCAAAUUAUUCAGUCAGCAAGAGUUGGAUUACAGCGCAGGACUUUUGAUCGAAGACAUGCGUAAUAAUUCAGCAUGGAACUACCGCUACUUUAUACUGCAAGGAUUGGGUUCAUUAAAGGAUCCUAGUGUUUUGAAUCGAGAAAUUUCAAUGACUCAGUCUAUGAUCAAAAAAAUUCCAAGCAAUGAGAGUGCAUGGAAUUUCUUGUCUGGAAUAUUGUUGGAUAAAGGAGUCUCUUCUCGAGCGGAUGUAAUGCAAUUUUGCCUUGAAUUAAGCGAACAAAAACGUGUGCCGCUUUGUCUUAGUUUCAUGGUGGAUAUAUUAAUAGAAAGGAUUGAGAAGAAAAUGGAAGUAGAAGACAGUGCCGCGCAAGCAGUGCAAGUGCUCCAAGAACUAAAAGAGCUGGAUCCGAUACGAAAAAAAUACUGGGAUUAUAACGAGAAAUUUGUCAAUAAUCUUGUCGAAGCAAAUUAAUUUUUCGUGCUUUUCCAAAAUGUAUUUUCUGAUAUUUUUUUCAAGUGAAUCUGUUGAUCUGUCCAUUCUGUUGUUAAGCAAUCUUGCUAAUAUCGUCCUAGAUUAGUGAUCUGGUUUGGGACGAGUCUUCUUUCUGAACGAAUCUUCGUGUAAUAAUAUUGGAUGGAUAUAUUUUAAUGAGCACAGAGUGAAC